AGGCGUGACUACUGGAGACUCGGGAGCUCCACGUGCGAUGUUCCUCGAACAGACCCCUGCUUCCCACGGUGGUGAUGGGCUUUUAACUGUAGCCAUGACCUUUCUUGAGGCAGGCAGAACAAAGGUCAACAGCUGGAUAUUGUCUGGAUCAGGGGAAGCGAUUCCUGUCAGACACUGUUGGCUGUCACAAAACUCAUCUUGUAGAUCCAUAGAUUCAUUUUUAGUAUGAAAUGUUUUAAUACUUAUCUUACAAUACAAUAAUAAAAAUCCUAGUGAUGAGAGCCAUUCCCCUAUGGCUAUAGCCUAUCUGCAGGGACAGAAAAAACAUACUUCUCCCAAUGGUAAAUUACAUAAACAUGAACAGUUAUUUGUUCCUUUAGCAGUUUGCAUAGAAUAGAAUUAAAAGAAUUAAAAGAAUACAAUUCCAAUGAAAUGGAUUGUUUAAACAAUGGAUUAUAAUGUUAAAAUGUCAGCAGUCUAUUAACAAAUGCCUGAGCCUUUAGAAUUUUUUCUUUAAGUGUAGGAAGUGAGAUAAAGUUCACUCAGAAGAACUGCUGUACUGAACUCAUGAGUACUAUUAUUAUUAUUAUUAUGUUUAUGUAUUUUUUUAAACUCUGUGCUAUCUAAGUUUUUGCUUGUUUGCUGACAGCUGUAUUCUUGGAUUCAUAAUUUGUAAACAGGGUUAGGCAUUCGUAAACGAUUUCACUGCAGGCUAAACCCCUUCAGUCAUAGUUGUCAUUGUUGUCAUUAUGUGAAAUGUUUAUAACAGUCUAUUAAGUACAUGACCGGAGAAAAUAAACUACUACUACUACUACUACUAAACAAAGAAAUAAUUAACUCUACGAGAAGCAGAUGAUGGACUCUACCAGAAAGCAAAAAGAAUUAUGUGUUUGUAUGAAGUAUUUUACAUGAUCAGUAACACUGCUGUGUUUACUCAACAAGCCACUGUCGUGAAACAAUAAAAUGUGUGAAUGUAAAACAUGAUAUUUUCUCAAAACACAUUAGCUCCAAGGACUAUUAAAUAGUCAGCCUUUCACUAGAACAAUGCAACAGAUCCAUACGGUUUGAGGGUAGAACAGAAUUUAUAAAUCAAGUAUAUAAAUAUUUAUAAAAUAUAAUAUUCUUCUUUAAUGUUCUAAUUUGUAAUUUUAUAUUCAUAUUUUAUCUGUAGUCUAAUUUAUUAUGUAUUUGUAUUAGAAUAAAAAUUGUUAAUUUAUAUUACAUUAAUAUAUAGUUUAAGAUUGCCCGUAUUCAGCAUAUAGACCCAGUCUGUGAAACAGAAACACAUGUCUAAGGUUUCUUGAACACAAAUUUUACUUUUAUUUAACCAGGACGUCCCAUUGAAAUUCAGAAUAUCUUUAUAUUAAAGGCACAUUGUUUUCUCUUGGAGGGUCCAUCAAAGGUUGUGUACAUUAUUACAAUAUUUAUUUAUUAAACCUUUCUAUUUUCAUGCAAGCUAAGUUACAGGUCAGAUCUGUGGAGAGGCAACUCCCCUCAUAGUUAGAAUGCCUGUUUUUUUCUAGGUAUUUUUUGAAUCACAGAAGUACAGCAAUGCUGUUUUCUGGUGGUGGGCUGUCAGUGCAAAGUUCAUAUAUAAAUAUACAAUUAAAAGUAUUGUUGUCUUUGUUUGACUUGGGUUUCAGAAAGAAUAUUUUCAGUAGAGUAUAUCAUAAACUGUAUAUAAUCAAUUUACUGUUCAUACUCACAGCAUGUUUCAACUGCAGUUGAUUCAGUUGCCUAAUACUACAACACUUGGGCUGCCACUUAUCAGACAAAUGUUGUAAUAUAAGUCUACCCUCAAUAGCCCCUAAAUAGAGAAAUUGCAUACAUCAUCAACAAAUAUUUUUGCUCAGUACUUGAUCACAUUUUCUUGAACUUGAUAAAGUGAUAAUACUUAAGGUAGACCUUCACAUACACUGAGCUAUGACAAGGAGAAAGGAGUUGAUGCUGCAGUUAGUGAUGCUGGAUAAAGGUUUUGAACUUUGAAGUUCCUAUAUUACACAAAAUUGAUUCUUGUGAGCUUCAAGCCGUAUUCCAAUGUAGUGUCCUCCUCAAACACAUACCUGAAGUUCUGUUUUGUUUCAUUCACACAUUAUUUAAGUAAUCCUUAAUUAUUAGUUUGUUUACAUCUCCAUAGCUCAAAAUCCUCUAUUCCACUUUGUGAUGUCAUGUGGUAGUUUUCAGUUAACAGCCCAAAAGGUACUAUAUUUCAUCUCAAAGGUUGGCACAUUUUAAGUCCUGAAUGAUAGUGUGAUACUGCAUAGUUUUAUUCUUGUUUAGUCCUGCCCGAGUUUGGAUUCAAAUUAGUAGUUCUGUUUUACCAUUUUGAGAAAGUAUUUCCUCAUAUUUAGGCUUGUGAAAACUAGGAAAACCACAGUUUAGAUAGACUAAUGCGUCAUUCAAAUGGUAUGUUCAUUAUUAAUUAUAAUGCGUUAUUUUUUACUAAUCACCAAUGCACCACGGUAUGAUAUUAAGCUUAUCACCUUGAAGAAAAGCAGGUAAUGCCACAUGGCUAAAUUAAAAGUCAGAGAGUCAAGCAUGUUUACAACAAUUUAUGUUUUUGAAGAAUUAAACACUUGAAAUAUAAGUUAUAUAUAUAUAUAUGUAAAGGUUGUUUCCUCAUCAAAGCAUAUUUGAAGUUGUGUUUUGUUUCAUUCAAUCAUGUUUAACACACAAACCCUUUAUCUCUCAGAAAAACACUCCACUUUGUGAUCAUGUGGUAAUACAGAAAGAACAUCACUGUGUUUUUAAACUUCCUUCACCUUUACUAGAAUUGUUUAGAUAAUUUCAGUUCAGUCCUAUACUGAACUAAAUGUAAAAGGUAUAGCUGUUAACUUGAAAACUACCACUUUUUGACAUCACAAGGAGGGAAAGAACAUUUUGAGCAUUGGAGAUUCAAAUUAAUAAUACAGGAUUACUCAAAUAUGUGUGAAUGAAACAAAACACAACUCCAGGUAUGUUUGUGAUGAGGUAACAACAUUAUAACAUGGCUUAAAGCUCACAAGAGUCCUAGAUUUUACAUAAUAUAGGGCACUUGAUACUAUCCUGACGAACAUUCCCGGCAUAUUAGAUCUAUGGGGAGAAGCAGGUGGAAAAAUUACACAUUGCAACUUUAAUUUAUUUAAUAUUUAAUUUACUAUCAAAUGUUUCCUUCUUGUGUGGAUACCUUUAACAACAUAUAUUUUACAACCGUCAGUGGGGUUAAACUUGCUGACUGAAGGAAAAGGGGGGAGUCUUUGCGUGUUCAGGCAAGACACAGUUUGUCUCAUUUUGCCAUUUCAUCAUGUGAAUUUUGUACCGUCAACACUCUCACCUGUAUCAUGGAUUAUUAAAGGCGAAAAUGGCAAAGCACAACAGUCAAGAUGGAAGGAAAGAGAUGCAGAGGCAAACUUUUACCAGAUGGAUGAACGUGUACCUAAACAGACGGGACCCUCCAGCAGUUGUUCACAACCUCUUUAGUGACAUUCAGGAUGGGCGGAUACUCAUGACUUUAUUGGAGGAGCUGACUGGCUGUAAACUGCUUUACAGGUUCAGAUCCUCCUCUCAUCGCAUUUUCAGACUCAAUAACAUUUCCAAGGCCUUAGCUUUCCUUGACGACCGCCAUGUAAAGCUACUGGGGAUCGAUGCCUCUGCUGUGGCUGAUGGAGUGCCCUCUGUUGUUCUAAACCUCAUCUGGAACAUCAUCCUCCAUUUUCAGGUAAAGGAGAUGACAGGAGGGCUACGCAGGCGCUUGUCCUCUAGUCUCUCCUCUUUAUCCGUGGGCAGUGAUCUCUCAGAGCUGACUGAUGAACCUGUACCAAACUCUAAAAGCUCAAAAAGCCCCAAAUACAGCGGGAAAACCAUUAAGAGUCUGCUGCAGUGGGCCCAGAGGUGCACCAUCAAGUUUGGGGUAGAAGUUCAUGACUUUGGGAGGAGCUGGAGAAGUGGUCUGGCCUUCUUAGCCCUGAUAAAGUCCAUAAACCCAGAUUUAGUUGAUCUGAGACAAAGCUUCACCAAAGACCCAGAGAAAAACCUGGAUCAGGCCUUCAGGACAGCUCACCAGAGCCUGGACAUACCCCCUCUACUGGAGCCUCAAGAUUUGAUCUGCAGCUAUCCAGAUGAGAAGUCCAUCAUCACAUAUGUAUCUAUGUUCUUGAGGCAUUGUCCAGACAUAGUUGAGGAUCUAUCUGCAGCAGCGACCUCUCCACAUAUCUCUCAGUUUAGAUCUCUGGAGACUCUCGUGGACAGAGAAGAUGUCCAACCUGUAUUCAUCAGCAGCUUUGAGACAAGCCAUGAGCUGUUGCUAUGGAAACGCUGGGCCCAACGCUCCUCCAGCUCCACUCAGCAAAACAAACGCAAAUCUUCAAGUGCCCUGCAACCUCCCAGCCCUUUAGACGCCAAUGUGGUCAACCCAGAAAUCCACUUAUGGCUGGAUACAUCUGCGGAUCGAGGAUACAGUAAAACAAAAGCUAAUGAAUUUCACUUUUCCUUGAGUUCUGAAGAAGGAAUCUACAGCCUGACCCCACUAGAUUCAGAUGAGGAGGAUGCCUACAGCUACAUUUUGGAUUUGAAUGAAGAUUUGUCAAAAAUUCAAGCUAAAAGAGAGGUACCAAGAGUAGAGGAGGAAAGUGAAGAAAUCAGUCCGAUCAGUAAUAAGGAACAAAAGGAGUUUUUCACAAAUUCUGGUAGUUGUGAGUCGAAUGUUCAAAUUCCAAUAAAUGAUUUGAAUGGAACAUGUGAAGAAAUGUCAGCAAAUAUUGAUCAGGAACAAACUGGCAAAAUUUGUCAGUUUGAUAGUGUUGAGUUGAAGAAAGGAGCUGAAAAAGAGUCACCCAAAAUACAGGUGGAAGAAAUAGCUCAAGAAACAACAAGUCAAGUGAAAUUUGAUAAAGUUGAAUUUCAGCCCCAAAGUAAUCAGGAUUGGGAAGGAGACAAUGAAGCAAUAAUUGAAAACAAAGAAGAAACUGACAGUACAAACGAUGUUGCUUUGAUCAUAGAGUGGCUUGAAAAGACACAGAAUGAAGUUGGAUGGUCAAAGAAAAAGCCUAUUGAAGAUCUACAUAACACCAGUGAUAGAGCCGAAAAUAAAUUACAAACACCAAAUGUUUUGAUUGUAGACAACGGAUAUGAAAAUACAAAAAUUGCCUCUUUCAUUGAAAACCUGACAGAAGAUUUUGAAGAAACAGACGACAAAAAUGGAUGUGAGAUAUUUACGAUUACACACAAAGAGAUAGUUAAUGAGACAGCACAGGAAAUUGAAACCAGAAAACCAGACAGCAAUGGGAGCACGGAAAUUUUAAAGACCACCACCAAGAAUGGUUAUACGCAUUCAAAUAAAAAAUAUCAAGAAGCAUCAUUAUCAAGUGAAAAGAGGAGGGUCCUGGUUCAGUCUGUGACGCCCUCUAGUGGUUUGAGCCAGGUUGAGCUCCACGUUCUCCUGUUUCUUUCAACGCUGCUGUACUGUUACUUCAUUGGACGUGAAAUCAUCAGUUAUUACAUGUAAAACAGACUAAAUUCUGAAAUAAUUAAAAUGCAUUCUUUUGACCAUUUUAAAGCGCGAUGUUGUUGCAACCUGAUAACUAAAUACCAUUAUAUUUAGCCACAAUUUAUUUUAGGAGAUGGUACCUUACCCCAUCCAUUUCCAGUGUCAAAAGGCAGGCUAUUGGUGACAAAGGUAUUUAAGGGUUCCAUAGUGAUUAAAAGAAAAAAAGAAAAUGCACUGUUGCCAUAGCAAGCAACUAUUCAAAACAAAACACAUUUUUUGAAUUGCGAAAUGUCCUCAAACUGUCGCCUAUAGCUAAUCAGAAAACUGAAACCCUUGAAUUGAUAUGCAGCUGAUGUCAUCAAUAUUCCCUUGAGGUGUGAAGUUAACUGAAAGCUCUACUCUGUUAGAAGCUCUGUUAUUCAAGUUAGAUGAAUAAAAUCUCAUAGCUCAUACAAAAUAAUGGAGGCGACAAUUUUGCCAUGCUUCAAAGCAUCAUGAUGUGAGUUGGCCUUUAAUCUAGUCUUUAUUUUAAAACAAUCUCACCAGAAAGAGCUGACUUGGUUGGAACUACAACAAGUGAGAUGUUUGUGCUAUCCUCAAAUUAAAAGCAUAAAUGUACCUCUCUGGGGUUAAAACAGUUUCCAAAUAAAUAAAGAGCAUAAACACCACAGGGCACACGAAGAACGGAGACAGUGUAAUGCCUAAUCAUAUGGCUGUUAAGUGCCCGGGUCAAAUGGACCCAUAGAUAGAGCAUGUGUGUGCUGUGCACUAUCUGUCUGCAUUGACCACCAAAAAUGUACCAUCUUCAUCAACCCCCAGAGAGAGACAGAGUCAAAAACACACGUACCAUCAGCUUUGAUCACCAGAGGAAGACAUGUUCAGUGGCAUGAAACAACAACACAACAACACCAAUAAUCAUAAUAUUAUUAUUAAUACCCCUCACCCUCGCCCGCCGCAAAUCUGAAAGUUUGCCUACGACAAUAAAAAAAAAAAAAAAGUCUCUGGGAGUGUUUUUAAUAUAACCCCCCCGGGUCCCCGGGAGGGGGAGAUAUACACGGCAACAGGGACUCGGACGACGUAUGUGAAAGACAAAGUAAAUAUGUGAAUAUAUAGACCAAGCUAUAAGUAUUUUGCUUAUUGCAACCUCCAGAUUAAGAAGAAAAAAAUUAAAAAGAAAAUAAGAUGGAUCCACAGCAAGGAGCUCAAGAAGGAUUGGGGACACAAGCAGAAGCAAGAACAGAAGCAGAAGGAGCACAGGCACAAGCAAAAACUACUCACCUCUAAUAUCUACAUCUGGGGCAAUCUGAGGUUGUUUGGGGAUGUUUCCAGCCAGUUUUGAGCAUUUUGAAAAUUUGGUCAAAUUUGAGCCGAAACGACAGGGCCGGUCCUGACGAUUAAUGUAAUUUUUGGCCAUGUCAGCUUUUGGCCCCAAACUGCCUUCGGUAGCACUUUAUAAUAACUCCUCCUUAUUAAGCAUUUAUUAAGCAUUAUUUUAUACAUUUGUUAAUCAUUAGUAAACUGUUAACUCUUAAUUAUUUCUCAUCAGUUAAUCAUUUAUAGAUGUAUAUGUUAAUGCUUUGUCCAUGGUGAAGAAGUCAUCUUACAGCCAUUUCUUAAGCAUUAUUUAACACACUGGUUAAUCAUUUGUACACACUUACCUCUUAAUUUUUUUUAUGUGAUUUAAUCAUUAGUAAAUACAUUAUUUAAUGUCUUUGGUCAUCAUUAGUAAAUCAUUACUAAUUCAUUACUACUCAUCAACUUUAAAUAUGUAAAAGCAUUGUUACACCCAAAUUUAUCAAAUUCUUAACCCACAUACUCAACUAAUGAUUUGUUACUCAUUUCUUAAUGGGGUUAUUCCCCAGUAUUGAUCAGUUACUAAGCACUUGUACAUGGUAGUUAGAAUAGGUUAAGCAGGGGGUGUUAACGCUUACCACAUGA